AAUUUGGUGGACGCAGCACGCAAACUGUGUGGAGCGUUCUCGGACUUCUUGAAUACGGUAAAUCCGGAACACGAGGAGAAGCGAACAACAGUUCUUGCAGCAGCCGGACGUGUUGGCGAUUUCUCCCAAGCAGUUAUUAAUACACUGGAUGAGCCAACUGAGGAAGCGCAGUCGUUCAAUGCUCAUUUGAUACAGCGUGCCAAGAAUGUUGCAACGUCAACUGCACAUCUCGUGCUUCGGUAA